GCGGGGAGUUCGGCGGCCAUGGGGGAAGAGAUGGGAUACAGGGGCAUCCCCAGGCCGUGGAACUAGGCGCCGGGCUAAGUCUUCAGUUUGGGGGACGCGCUGUGUGCGUGCAGAAAGGCUGCAGGACUGUCGGCGGCCAUGGGGGAGAAGACUAGCGGCACAGAUAGGCGAGGACGCUGGGGUGAACGAGGUUUUGGGGGUACUUGGCACUGAAAGCUCCAUCGAGGUUGCAAGGGACCCUGGGACUGUGCGGGUGAAUGGGACUGUGGGGGAACCCCAGGUGGUGGGGCCUGCUGGGUCCGUGUGGGUGACAGGUACUGGGAAGGAGGAGGAGGAGGAGAUAGUUUACUGGAGUCCCCGGAGCUGUGAAAAAAAAGGUCGUCCGGGAUCUAUGGGGCAUGAGAGCAUUCUGGAACUGUGGUUGAAGGUGCAGGCUAUGAGGGCAGCUUCAGGAUGUGAGGAAGGAAGCAGAGUGGAGCUCCAUCCUCUGCCUGCGGGAGAUUGGCCAGUUGAAAGGGGUAUCCCUGGACAGGCAUCAUGGAUAGAGACUACUCACGGGGGAGUCACAGGACCAUGGGUGAAAAGCCAGACUAUGGCAGUUCCCCAAGCCACAGGAGUGACUACAGCUAUGAGGCUCAGGGCGGUUUGUGAGAGGGUCUCUGCCUUGUGUGGGCAGAGACCUGCUGUGAGGGUCUCUCCUUCCAGUGUGCCUGAGACUGUGGAGAUAAGUGCUGAUAUUAUCCCACACCAGCUGGGUAGAGUACAGGCCUCAAGGAUGCCUGGGACAGUGGAGGAACUAGGCUAUGGGGUUGCCUCAGGUUCUUGGGGAAAAGGACCAACUCUGAGGGUACCUGGGACUGUGGGGUGCCCUGAGGCUGCAGAGGUACCUAGAGCUGUGGAGGGAGUUAUAGGCUAUGGGGGUGCUCCAGGUCUGAGAGAGAGGGGACAGUCUGUGCAGGUGCCAGGGACUCUGGCAUAUGGAGCAGCCUGUUCUGGGGAUAUCCCCGGCUUAUGGGGCAGUGGACAGGCUGUGGAGUUGCCUGAUACUGGAGGGAUGCCCAGAGUUAUGGAGGAGGAAACUACCUCUGUGGGAGUCCCAGGCGUGUGGCAGAGACAGGUUGUGGAGGAGACAGGCUCUGGAGGUGUUCCUGGUCUGUGGGCCACAAGACAGCCUGUAGAGGUACCCUGUGCAACUGAGGAAUUGAGAUAUGGAGGUGACCCAGGAUUCAGGGAGCGGGGACAGGCUGUGUGGGGAGAGACAGGUUCUGGAGAUGAACUGGCAUCAUGGGAGGAAACUGCACAAACUGCAGAGGUGUCUGGUCCUGAGGAGCAGGAGGCAGGUCCCGGGGAUGCCCCAGGCCUGUGGGCUAUAGAACAGGCUGUGGAAGUACCUCAGGCUUUGGGGAAGGAUGCAGGCUGUGGAGGUGUCCCUAGUCUGUGGGGAAUAGAACAGCCUGUGGGAGUGUCUCAGGCUGUGGCAGAACCUGGAGCCCUGGGAGAACAGACAAAGUGUGGUGGUGUCCUCGGCCUAUGGGAAAGGCAGCAGGCUUCAGGGGUGCCUCUGGCUGAGGCAGUGCCAGAGGUUGUUGGAGAUGAGAUAUGCGGUGGGAAUGACCUGAGCCUAUGGGAGAGGAGACAGGCUGCAGCAGAACAGAUGGCUCUGGUACCUCCAGCUUUAGGGAUAUCUGGGCCUGUGGACCCAGAGACUGGCUGUGGGGAUGCUUCAUGUCUGUGCGGCAGGAAACAGGCGGUGGGGCUGUCUGAGACAGUGGCGAGACCUGGGGUGGCAGAUGUGCCCAAGCACAGGUGUGCCCCAGCAGGGGCGCCUGCCGCUGUGGGUGUGCCCAGGUCUGGAAGCGUACCUACCAGGGUACCUGCCGCUGUGUGGGUGUCUGGCCCUGUGGAUCAGGAAAGCCCCUCGAGAGAUGUCUUGAACCUGUGGGAAAGGGCUGAUUCUGUCAGAAUAGCCUCAGCCCCUGAGGAGCUAUGGUCUGUGGGAGAGGAGGAUGGCUCUGCAGCUUUCCCAGGAGCGUGGGGAAGGAGCCAGGCUAUCGGGGUUCCGAUGACCACCAGAAUUUCCAUGGCUUCUGAGGUGCCUGGACUUGUGGGGGCGGAUGCUGACUUUGGGGGUUUGCCAAGAUCUUCAGGAAGGAGACAGAGUGACUGGGUUCCUGUGGCUGCUGAAAUACCUGAGGCUCCUAGAGUGUCUGGUUCUCGGGAGGUAGAUAAUGCCUCUGGGGGUUUCUCAGGCUUGCCAGGAAGGAGACAGAAUGUAGGAGUACCUGUGACUACAGGAGUGUCCACCAGUGGUGGGGUGCCCGUGGCUCCCAGGGCACCUAGGCUUGUACAGGAGGAGACUGACUCUGGAGGUAUCUCAGGCUUGUGUGGAGCAAGAGAAACAGUGAGACGUCCUGCUGAUGGCAUAGGUCACACAAGGAUGGGGGUGCUCAUAGCUGCCAGGAUGCCUGGGCCCCUGAGGGAAAGAGCAGGCCCUAGGGGCAUCUCAGACUUGUCCGGAAGGAGACAGACUGCAGGAUUAUCCAUGGCUGGGGAAGUGUGCACAGCCACCGGGAUGCCUGGGCCUGUGGGAGAGGAGGCACUCUCUGGGGGUCUCUUGGGCUUCCCAGGCAGAAGACAGACUGCUGAGAUGGCUGAGGCCUCUGGAGUUUCCAUGACGGUGGGAGUGCCGGCAGCCCAGGCCCCUGGGCUGAUGGUGGUGCAUACUAGCUCUGGGGAUAUCCCAGGUGUCUGGGGUAGGAGACGAGUCACUGAGGUGCCUGCUGUUGCCAGGGCUUCUGGAUCUGUGGACGGGGAGAGUGGCUCUGAGACAGGGCCAUGGAGAAGGAGACCUAAUGGACCAGUCCCUGAGGCUCCGAGGAUACCACUGUCUUUGGGAGUGCUCCCAGCGGUAGGAGUUCCUGCAGCCGGCCGUGCGCCUGCUGCAGUGUGGGUAACUGGGUCUGCAGGAAAAGACACAAGAGCAUCUGUGUCAGGCCUCACUGCGGUGAGGAGACAAUCCACAGAGGGACCUGGGGCUUCAGGGGAGAUGGGAGGUAGAAGUGUCCUGGGCCUGGACAGGAGGAGCCAGGCACCAGGGGUGUCUUAUACCUGUGGGCGAGGGACCAGGUUAUGGAGCUCCCCAAGGUCUGUGAGGGAAGAAAUAGACUCUGAGAAUGUGCCAGGAGUGUCAGGGACCAGAACAACACAAGGGAUGCCAGAAGUUGUGGAAGUACUGCCUGUUGUCAGGGAGGAUUCAGGUUUUGGCCGUUUCAGAGCUCACUCACAGCAGAAUGGGAGAAGACCGAUUAGAGGAGUGUGUGGAAUGCGAGUGGGGGAAAACAACUUGAGAGAUAAUUAUAUGGAGGAGGACAGGUUUAGGGGGUCAUUCCAGUAGUAGGUAUCGGGAACAA